AUGGCGAAGCAGUUCAAGGUCCUGCUUCCUCCUUUCCACAAGCUGCGCAUCUCCGACGAGCUCGCCGGGUGCUUCGACGCCGGCGAAGGCGAAGGGGCGGCAGAGCGGACGGCCCUCGUGGUCUCUCCGUUCGGCAAGGUGUGGCGCGUGGAGGUGGGCCGGGACGGCGACGGUGCGUUCCUGGGGCGCGGCUGGGCGGAGUUCUUGGCCGCGCACGGCGUCGGCCUCGGUUGGUUCGUCGUGCUCCGGCACGAGGGCGGCGGCGCGCUCACCGUCAAGGUGUUCGACACCAGCUUGUGCAUCAAGGAGUUCGGCGCUCCGGCGGCAGUUAUGACAUCCAGAACCAGCAAAGGUGUUAUCUGUAAGCCACAGUUCAUCAGGAUUUUUCAUCCAUAUCUCUCGGAAAAGAUGAUAUUGCCUGCUAGGUUUGUGAAAAAUUACGUCACAGAAGAGUGCCUAAACAGCAAGACGGCCGUCAUUCUCAGCCCCCUUGGCAAAUUUUGGCAUAUUGAGCUUAAGAAUGAUAAAUCAGGCAUGUUCUUCACAGGUGGCUGGUCACAGUUUCUGGAGUUCCAUGGAAUAUGUAAUGGUGACGUUUUGCUCUUGAGAUAUGAAGGGAACAUGGUUUUCAAAUUCAAAGCAUUUGGACUUGGUGGAUGCCAGAAAGAUUUCAGGCACCAGAACGCUGGGAUUCAACUAAAUACGGAAAAACGACAGGAAACACAUUCUUCCAUCAGGAAACGUAAAAGCAAUGAUAAUAAGUCAAGCAGUGAAGAAAACAAGAGGCCAAAAAGUUCAGUGACUUCCCCAUCACUGAAACUGCAAGAACCCUAUCAGAUGGGGACAACAUCUUGGAUAAAGAAAAAGAUCAAUACCUAUGCACUUGAGCGCCUUCUUUCGUUGUCAAAGAAGUUCUGCAACUGGAUUGGGUUCCGGUUUUCUUGCACAAUCACCCUUAAGACAGAAAUAGACAGCACCAGAUCAUGGCUAGUGCGUGGUGCUGCAUACAAGGGCUCUUGCUAUAUUCUUGGAGAGGGCUGGAAGAGCUUCUGCCAGGAUAAUAGGCUCAAGGCAGGCGACCUGUGCACCUUCAACAUCAUCGAAACCACACUGUGGCAUGUCACUAUCACGCGCUCAACAUUAGCAGAUACUUUUAAGCAAAAAAAGUCACCUUGUUCAUCCAGUAGGGACCACAAGACCAAUAAGGGUAGUUCAAGUAGUGAAGAAGCAAAGGAGCCAAAAAUCUCCAUGACUUCUUUGAGCAAGGUUCGAUCAUUCACAAGAUGUGUCUAUGACAUUGGGCCGCCAUCUUGGAUACAGAAGGAGAUGAAUACCAACUCAAUAGCAAGGCGACUUUCUUUGGCACCGGCCUUUUGCAAAAAGAUUGGAUUACGGCAACGCUGCACGAUCACACUCAAGACCUCAAUCAAUAGCAGUAAUUCUUGGCGGGUUGGUGGUCACUGGCAAAAGGAUGGUAAUUAUACUAUUGAGCUGGGAUGGCAAAAGUUCUGCAGGGAGAACGAACUGAAGGUUGGUGAUGUCUGCACCUUCAAUGUCAUCGAAACCAAGCUGUGGCAUGUCGUCAUCACACAUCGUCACUAAGCUAUGGCUUGGGCUGUUGAGUGCUUGGCUUCAACGCCUCUUUAGGGAAUUUCCUGCCUACUGAUGUCCCAGCUACUUGUAGUUUGACUGGAUGAAAUUAAAGUAGCUUAUUGUGUUAAUAUAUUGUAUUUUGCUUCCUAUGUACUCCCUCCAUACCUAAAAUACCUGACGUUUAGGACAAAAUUGUGGUAACCAAGAAGUGAUUAAUUAGGGGUUAUCUUUCCA